AUGCGCAAACCAUACAGAUUUUACAGUCUUAAUCGACCGUCAUGGAACAAAUACAACUUGUAUAACCUAUACCGAAAUGCUGGGCGUGAACCCCAAAUUCGAGGCACACCGACUUUCUUCCAGCAGAAGUGGGCAGCCAAAUCGAAAACCCGAGCCUACCACGGCGAGCAUAUUCCCGAGAAGAAAUGGGUGCGCCUAUUCUCUCGCCGGCUUCUUUCAGCCGUAGACUUGCCGCCGGAGUACUUAGCUGCUCAUGAUGGCUCUGAACAAGCUGCCGGUCGCGGUUCCGGCCUCACAACGUCCAAUAUCACAGCAGAGUCGUUUUCCAAAGUCCCCAAGCCGAGCACAUACGAGCGAUCAAGGCGGAGACCUCCUCCGUUUGGCGAUGUGAACAAAUUGCUAUCUGAUCAGUUCACAGGCAUGACGCCUUACAUGCAGAUGACAUUUGCGCCGCUGGAGCGAAGAUUGGAUACCGCAGUCUUCCGAGCGUUGUUUGCUAGCAGCGUGCGCCAGGCCCGCCAAUUCGUCAUUCAUGGUGCUGUCAAGGUCAACGGCAAGAAAAUGAUCCAUCCAUCAUAUCAGCUGAACCCAGGCGACAUGUUCCAAGUAGACAUUGACAAGGUCAUGUACGGCACUGGACAGCAAAAGGCUACGCAGGGAAACAAGAGACUGGCGGAGAACCUGAAUUCGAGAAAGCAGAAAGCCGAUGCAUUUUACCAAGCAGCUAUUGACAAGGCUGCCGCCAAUGCUCGUACGGUUGCUUCAACAAGCGAAGCCGCGGCCGAAGCGGAGAAGCCCGAGGCCGAGGCCGUGUCAGCGGAGGAGUCGGUUGAGGAUCAGCCUGAGAGUGCGGGGGAAUCAGUCUCUGGACCAGGACUCGAAUCCCUUACCCCUGAGGAGAGUUGGAGACUUAAUAACCGAGCUCUCAAGUUUCUCCUGAAAGAUGUCAAGAAGAUUCUCAAGAACAACCCUAAGGACCUCUCUGCGAAGGAAAAGAAGCAGCUGCGCUUAUUCCGAGCCGAUGCAAAGCGCUUUCUAUCGCAGCCCGAAGAUAGUGCCCUGGAUGUGCAGGAGCUCAUUGAGGAGCUCCAGCUGCAAAUGAAGAGCCACGAACUCAUGCGUGAAAGCUUCGAAAAGCUCACCAUUGCUCCUGUGUCGCCCGACGCAACGGCUGAGACGCCCGCCGCCGAAGCCUCUGGCCAGCAAACCGAGUACAACCGACAGCGUCAAGUUGACAAGGGUCUCGAUGGUCUCAGUGAAGAGCAGAAGGAGAAAGCCGUUCGCAUCAUGGGCGAAUCUCAGCUCUCCCGUGAAGAAAUGCGAAAACUUGCCCGACUACUCCAGUACGACGAAGAGAACCCCAUUGAUGACAGCAAGCCAUACGCCACGCCAUGGCGACCACGACCCUUCAUGUCCGCGUUUGCAUUCAUCCCCCGCUACCUCGAAGUUAAUCCUAACAUUUGCGCCGCCGUGUAUCUCCGUCACCCCGUGGCAAGAAAAGGCAUGGGCGAGGUCCCUACGCCAUUCAGCUAUCUCACGAAUCAAUUGACGCACAACUGGUACCUGGAGCGUGGCUAA